GGCCGGAGUGCUUUCGUGGCCCGCGUCCACCUUUGUCAAUCAAAAAUCGUCAAUCCUAGACUAUAUAAAUAAUCCACUAUUAGAAGCUCCGUUAAAAUCUGAGAAUUGUUCUCCGUCGUCGACACCGAUUUAGGGGUUUAAAUAAAUAUCGAUUAACCUCUGUCUGACUGAUAUUUCUCUUACCUUCAGUGAGUCUAGCAAAAUCUCCGAACCUGCUACUUCCCAUCCUUACACGAAAGUGAUCUAAACAGCAUCGGCAGCUACAUCGUCCACCAAAACGAAAAGAAAAACGUUGAAAAUGGCUCAAGAGUCACUCUCAGAAACCCCAGAUGUCUCGCCGCCUUCGUCUACUGCACAAUCGCAGUCAGAUCCAUCUCUUUCAAGGAGCGUUUCUUUUAGCCGGCUCAACGCACAGGCACCAGAAUUUGUGCCCACUCGAGCCACCCCACGGACCGAUUUGCAGCAACCUAGGCUCGUUGCACCACCUCCUCCUCCUCCUCCGGCUUCAGGUAUGGUGCACGUUUACUCACCGCCCCCAACUUCACAGUUCCAUAUACCGAUUCAAGGCCAUGUCGUACCGGUCCAGAAUCACCAUCAUCAUCUUGCUCAUCAGCAUCACGUUCCGGUUCACUACCGGUCUCAUCAUCACCCGCAUCAGUAUUAUGUUAGCCCUGAUUCCACCGUGCAGCAGUCUCAAGUUGACCCAGAUCAAGCUCCAUCUUCCAAAAGCAAGCUGUCUGAUGAAGCCAGUCAAAAAAUUUUGAACCAGGUGGAGUAUUAUUUCAGUGAUUUAAACUUAGCUACUACCGAUCACUUGAUGAGGUUCAUCAACAAAGAUCCAGAGGGCUUUGUGCCUAUAUCUGUUGUUGCAUCUUUCAAGAAGAUUAAGGCCCUCAUAACCAGUCACUCUCAACUUGCAACUGUUUUGAGGAACUCAUCAAAACUUGUGGUUAGUGAAGAUGGAAAGAAAAUCAAACGCCAGUAUCCCCUGACCGAGUCUGAUAUAGAAGAGCUACAAUCUCGCAUUGUUGUAGCUGAAAACUUACCAGAGGAUCAUUGCCAUCAGAAUCUUAUGAAGGUUUUUUCAGCAGUUGGGAGUGUGAAGACUAUCCGUACCUGUCCACCUCAAACCUCCAAUAGUGGGGCUUCUUCUGCUUCAAGAUUGGGAAAAGUUGAUGGCAUGCCUUUAUCUAACAAGUUGCAUGCAUUUGUUGAAUAUGAAUCUGUUGAGCUGGCUGAGAGAGCAGUUGCUGAGCUGAAUGACGAGGGAAACUGGCGUAGUGGCCUCCGGGUUCGCUUAAUGCUUAGACGCAUGUCUAAACCUUCUCAAGGACGGGGAAAGAAGGGACUUGAUGUUGAAUUUAGCUGUGAUGACGAUUAUACUUAUGUGUCUGAGCCACAUGCAUUUGAGAAACAAUUAGAAGAUGCAUCCUUUCCCGAUACUCAGCUGCAUGAACAUGUGCAGGGGGAAGAGCAUGGUUAUGACAAAGAGAGUGGGCAAAGGAAAGGUCGUAGCCGUGGCCGGGGUAAGGGACGUGGCCGAGUUCAUAGUCAUCAGAAUAAUCGUGUGGGAACACCCCCUUCAAAUAGUACAAUUUUCAGUGAUCAAGUUGUUGCGAAGCAACCCCCCGGGCCCCGAAUGCCAGAUGGUACAAGAGGAUUUUCAAUGGGUAGGGGGAAGCCGGUAGCUGUUAAUAUAGUGUAAUUUGUUUGAUCAAAUGCCGAUACAAGUUUGUAGCUGUGCUUGUAGCGAGGUUAUGUGGGUAUUGUAACAGUGUGAUUGUGGCUGUACUAGUUUGGCUGGGCAAUUCUAAAACAGCCCCCUUUUUUAACGUGUUUGUUUAUCUUCUAGAGAUGCUGUGGUCCUGUGACUAACAGCGGAGAAAGUAGAAACAAUAAAUUUAAGGAUAGACUAAAAGAUGGGAGUUAGCACAUAAGGUGAAAAUGUGUGAAUAAGUAGAGAUGAUGAUUUAAAGCUCGUGUGAUUGUCUUUUUAGAUUUUAAGGAAAAAAAAUAUUUUAAAAA